AUGUUCUCCCCGUGUCUGCGUAGGUUUCCUCCGGGUACUCUGAAUCUGGACGACGACGGCAGCGGUGACGCCCUGAACGGCGGCGCCAAGUACGACAACAUGAACGACGAUCUCCACGACUACGACCCGACCAAUCACGGCGCAGGAACCGUCCACAUCGCUCGCGGGGAGAGCUUUGUGUCUCCGGCCAUGUACGUGUGA